CUGAUAUACUUUAUAUUGCUCUUGUAUAUGAAGUUAUACCUAAUAUUUUAACGUUACAAAAUCUUGCUAUGGAUCUUGAACGUGAGAAAGUAGAGCGACGAAAAGAACUCAAUAUAAUGGAUCCAUCUGAUCAUAAGCUUCUAAUGCAAGAAUUUUCACAAGUUGCCUAUUUAUCUCCAAGUAUAAAAUGGAAUGAAUCAGCAAAAAAACUACUUGAAAUGAAAAAAGUUAUUAAAUUUGAAAUAACUAGUAAAAAAAUCUAUGUUGAGGUCGAGUCUGAAUCUUUCUCUAGGUUUAUUUAUACAACCUGUGUAUAUGGGCAGCCAAAAGAUAUUUGUUGUCAAUGCUUUGACUUUCUUCAAACUGGUAUCUUGUGUAAGCAUCUUCGUGCUGCUGCUCUUUAUAUCAAUAAACUUCGUAAACAAGAGCAGUAUAUGUAUUUACCCAAAAUAACUUUUCCAACUUACCAAGAAGCUCAACAAAUUUAUUAUAAUCAAUAUGCUGACAGAUCAGAAAUGCCGAUAAGUUCUGAGAUUAAUAAUGAAGAUAACGAUAAUGUAGAUGAUGAGAAUGAAAAUAUAGACAAUGAAAGCAAUAAUCACGAUAAUAAUGAUAACAGUCCUAUAACUACCUCAUCUAAAAAAAUUCUUAAUUAUAUAGGACAUAUUCUUGGAAUCAAUGCUUUA